AUGCUCUACCACUUCGAGAAAGGUUGGAAGGCAGCACAGUCAUUUCGCGAUCUCAACGAACUUUUCGGCGAAGGAACAAUCAGUGAAAGUCAGUGCAGGGAGUGGUUUGCCCGCUUCAAAUCAGGUGACACCAGCUUGCAAGAUAAGCCAAGAAGAGGUCGGCCAUCGGAUUUCGACGAUCAGGCACUUCUGGCAGCCGUGGAAGACGGCGAAAGCUUGACAACACGAAUGCUGGCUGACGAUUUCAACGUCAACCAGUCAACGAUCGUUCGACGUCUCAAAAAGCUUGGAAGUAGCUUUUUGAGAGGAAGUAGUAAUUAUUCCUUUUUUAAAUGUAAUCAUUUAAAAAAGGAAUAAUCAUUUAACAUGUUUUGAAAUAAUCAUUUAAUUCCGGAAUAAUCGUUUAAACAUGUUUUGGUAAAAUAUUUUUUUUGUUGAAUAAAAUUUGUUGAAAACGCCGGAUAAUUAUGUAUCAACUUACAAUGCCGAGUUCCAAAGCUCAGCCGGGCCGUUACUUUGACGGCCGCGGGCCGGAAAUCGGAAAAAACGACCCGCUGACCACCCCUGACGGCGACAUAGCCAAACACUAGGGCUGGUGUCCAAGUGACUAGUACUCGGUGAUUGUUACUUCUUUAUUAAGUAGUACUGUAAAGUAGUAGUUUUUUGAGUUUUUUCUGAAAGGACUUGAUUUAGGGGUUUUCGAAGAUGCUGCUUUCGAAAACUUUUGAAUUUUUCUGAUUCUUGACUUUUUUUAAAAAUAUGUAGUACUGUUAAAAAGUGUUUUAUUGCAUUUUUUCUAAAAAUAUUGUUGCAUAUUCAUUAUUUUUUAUUUUACAUUUUGUGUUUGCAACAAUAAACAUUUCAAAAAAUUACUAUUAAACAAUACUACUUAAUAAAAAGCGUCAAAAUCGGAAAAAAUGAAUACGGUUUUCGAAAUCAGCACUCUCGAAAACCCCUAUAGGGGAGGCCCUAACCGAAAAAAUUUAAAAAAUACUACAGUGCACAUCAUUCCGAACUUUUUUUGUGAGCAAAAUCCGGUGUCAAAAAAGCAAAUUUUUUUGUAAAGAUUUUUUUACAGCUAGAGGCGCCACAGACAUGGCGUAAUAAAGUGCGGAAAAAUAUAAUAUCAGAGCGAUAAAACACAUGUCGCUCUCUGAGAUUACGCAAAUUUUAAGGAUUUUAACGGCUUACAAAGGCCGGGAAAAAUUAUUUAAAGAAUGGUAUUUCUUACUUUUGAUGCCUCAGAACUGCACUUUACCGUACACUUUUGAAAAAAAACGAAACUUCCUAUUUUGUACGAAAUUUGAUGCUAUAUAACAUAGUUGCGAAUCAUGUCAUUCCCUCCCAUGAUUCCUUUUUUAUGGCUAUUUUCACCUUAAUCUUGAGUUUGCCGUUACUGUAGAUGACCCCGAGGACGAUCACAUCCCCGCCGGCCGUUUGGUGUUCGAUACGUCUCAGAUGUGCAUGAAGGGUGCCGUAGCUUCUUAA